UGGAGAUAUGUUUGUCUAUUUUAUGAGUACCGGUGAGCUUGUGGCUCCUGUAAAAAUAGAAAGGAACACAAGUUACAUCACUCGCCGUAACGACACCACUAAAUCGACGUUAAUCCGUGUUUGUGGGGAGAGACCAAGUAAUCUAACGUGUAAAACUUUAAAUGAUGAUGAUGCAAAUGAGAUAGCGAAUCAAGAUGCCAAAGUGAUGUUGGCCAGUGGGGAGACAUUGGUGUGUUUUUCCACGUUGGACCAGGAUGUGAAUCAUGCUCGGGAUCCCUUUACGUUCUCUAACCCAGAACUGGUAAUCAACAUGGUAGGCUUCAGUCUUUCGAUGGCCGGUCUGGUAGUGACCCUGUCGACCUAUUGUGUCUUUCCUUCUCUGAGGAAUGUCCAUGGUCAAGCCAUUAUGAGUCUGUCCCUGACAAUUUUCUUUGGUCAGCUGUCUUCGACUCUAUCAAGCAUUGUGGUCAAGCCUUCCCACCAAGGCCUGUGCACCGCGGUGGCCAUCACCACUCACUACGCCUGGUUGGCAAUGUUUGCCUGGAUGGCUGUCAUUUCCUGGGACUUCAUGCGUACUUUCACCACCGCCAAACCAGCCGCCACCAAAUUCAGCGACAGGCGUAAGUUCCUUCGUAUGUGCCUCUUCGGCUGGUGCUCACCAAUGCUGAUUAUCGUUCCCAACCUAGUGUUGUAUAUCUGCGAGUGCACUGGCGUUGAUUUCACCUACGGAGACGAGGUCGCUUGUUGGAUGUUGGGCAGUUUCAAGCUGGCUGUUCUCCACGCUCCAAUUCUACUGUGCAUCUGCUUCAACAUCCUCUGCUUUGUGUUGACAGUAAGAGGCAUCCGUGCAUCCAAGAAAGCUUCAGCUAUGCUCAACAAUAACAUGCCUAGAGCUCAAAUAGUUUGGCGUGAGCUUGUUAUCUACGCAAAGAUUACUAGUUUGCUGAGCUUUGCUUGGAUCCUUGGCUUCAUCGCAAUGGUGAGUGACCUUCAGGUCUUAUGGUAUCUAUUCACCAUCUUCAGUUCACUCCAGGGUUUCUUCGUAUUCCUGUCGUUCGCCUUCAAUGGCCAAGUGAGGGCGCUGUGGAGGGACAAGGUCCGUCAGCUGCACACGUCGUUGUCGUCCUCGCCCUCUACGUCAGCGACGGCCGCGGGUCAGUCCCAUGAAGAGCGCCAUCGUUUGACGGAGCUGGACACACAGGUCUGAUGUGCUAACCAUUACUGUCAAGGUCUUCGCCUUCGCCCUCUUCGUCAGCGACGGCUGUGGGCAUAGACAUAUUAACCUGAGACUUGGCCAAGUCUGGGUUGCGCUCGGUCUGUGCCUAUAUAGUAAAUCCACUCACAGCGCAUAUCGCAUA